UGUGCUGCUUGGAGAUACGCUGUUUGUCUCCGCUGGCCGCUGUGUGAAUGUUGCGUCUCAUGUAGAUUGUAUGGAGAUAUUUCUAGGAUAAUCCGCUCCGUGUCUAUAGACCUACAUUGACAAUCACUAGUGUCGCUUUGGUGUGGUGUCUUGUUGGUAAUCUUGGUCCAGUGACCCUGAAGACCCUGAAGACCGAGAGAGUUUGAUGUAUUGAUCUGUGAGAUAGCCCGCCUGUUGAAUGUGUCUGUGAGGUGAUCACAUCCACUCAUACAGUGUGUGGAUUAACUGGUGGCUUCUCAAUCCAGACAGACACAUGGCCGGCCCUGUCCCAGCUACACACUCCGUGUGAGUGCAGCAGACUCCAGUCUCGUCAUGACCACCAUACCCCAUUAUGACUGCUGGAGAUCUGAUAUUGUUUGAUCAGCAAGAUGAACCUAAGACAGGAAACUGGAAUCAUCCACCAACAGGUGAAUGGCUGAAUGAUGAUCACAUGACCAAUGAUUAGGCACUGAUCGCGGUGUGCAUUCUUCACGUGUGUCUUCUGAGGGAUGUCGUCCUGCCAGCUCGGUCAUGGAAAAGCACAACUUACGUGUUACCAUCUUGUGCAUGUACAUGUGUGUGUGUGUCUGCAGAGUAUAUGGAAUUUUAAGACUUGAUGACCAGGAAAUCCAUAAAAACCAUGAAACCCAGAUCAGACAAUUAUACAGCAAGUUGAAGAGCAAAACACUGAGUUACAAUAAAAAUGGUGGCACCCAGGAUACACAGGUUUAUGACAAACUGACAACUAGAAACCUGUCCAGUUAUAAUCAAAAUGGUCACCCAAAGCCAAGAGAUCUGAAUACCAGCUUUGUUCAUCUAAUAUCUCAUAAUCCUGUAGAUGAAAAUAGACCAAGUUAUGCCUUCAAGGGUGGAACGUUACUCCUCCAGAAGACAUUUAUGCCAGACACUGGUGAAUCUACAAAUAGACAAUCCAUUGUUCCGUUUAAAUCCAUUUCCAGGCAAGGGAAGGAAUUUAAUUCAGAUGUUUCCUAUUCUAGACAACGAUGGCACUUUAAUAAACCUGACACAAUACUCUUGGAAAGAAGUAAUCAUGGUGCCCUUUUGAAAGAACGUGAAUUCCUUGACCAGUAUAGGAAGAGAAAGAAGCUGCAGGGUGUUUUCUAUCAAAUUACGCAAUUAUAUAAUGAUGAGCUGGAGGAAAAGACAGACAAUGAUGCAAACCGCCUUGAGAGACCAUCAUCACAGAAGAGAAAUCAAUAUAUCGUGUUGGUUCACCGUGUUAAGAAAUCUGUGAAUGAAGCUCAAAAUAGUUCAAGUAAGACUUCUAAAAGAAGAGAUAAUUUUGUCAGUCAACAGUUGUCCUCUGUUGCACCAAUCCAAAAAACAAAUAAUGAUAAAGUACAGGGUGUAACUGGUGGUUCGGAAUCAGAUAAAAAAAGUGAUUCCGUAAAACAUGACAAUGUUUUGCUCUCUGGUAAUUCAACCAGUGCUUCUAAAACUUCAUCAAGUUUGCCAGCUACAGAUUUUGUUAAACAGACUAAUGGUGUUGAGAUGGUAACAUUAAGUACCACUUUAGAUGUGAAAACAAACAAAGUUUCUAAUGUGCCCAGUUUUUCAGCAAGCAUAGUUGAUGAUAAGCCAUCUACAGCUAGCAGAGUUAAUGAUAAGUCUUCAACACAGUUUCCAGAUGGUGGCCUAGAGAAUCUGUCUAGUAGUACUACAACUGUUUCAGUUAAAACAUCUCCAGAAUUUGAUGAUAAUUUGAAACAUCCAGAGAUUAGAAACACCUCCAGUGUUGGUUCAAACAAUGUUCGAACUGUGGUCACUACACCUGGACAUAUGACAUCUCCACAUGAAAACCGUGAACAUGAUGCAUAUAUCUCAACUUCAAGUCCAGUCCACUAUACAGAAUCAGUUCAACGGGGCCAGACAACAAGCAUUCCAAAACUAGAUCCUUCAAAGCAGUUGAGUCAGAAUUUAGUACAAUUGAUUACCUCCACUACCAAACACAUAGAACCAUCUGCUGAAAACUUAAAAACUGCACAGAACACUAAAUCUUUCCAGCAUAGUACUGAAGCCAGUAUUUUACCUCUGCCAACAUCCAACAAUGCUUCAAAACAGGAAGAUCCUCCAGUGCUGACAACUGUAAAUGGUUUCAUGUCAAAUUUGCCUGCAACAAUUGUCACAUCUUCAAAAUCAGCUACAGAGACAGCUACAGAACCAGCUACAGAACCUUCAACAUCUCAAAAAUCAUCACCUGAACCUGGAUUAUCAUCACAGUCAGGUUCAUCACCAGGGCCAGUCCCUGCGAUAAGUCUAGAAUAUGCAAACAGAACUGAUGUGUCCACUGACAAUACACAGUCAUUCCCUUCUGCAGUAACUGAAGGAAGCACAUUAACAACAGCUAGUGGCAUCAGUCCUGAACCAGCAACAUCAAGAAAAAAGAGCAGUACUGUUCUAGUGACUAGUACUAAGCCAGUGUUUGAAGGAAGCAGCCCAGAGACAGCAGAAUCUGGAAGCAGCAGCCUAGAACCAGUAACAGCUGAGGGAAGUAAUUUUGGGUCUGUAACAUUCAGCUCUGUGCCCUCAAUCAGUGCCACAUUUGUAGAGACUGCUGUUGGCAAGGUGACUGAAACAGCAUCCACUAAAAUGUCAGUUGAUACAGCAAGUCCAGUAACCCAAGCUACAGAAGCAAAUCCAAACCAAAAUAGCACCAUAGCACUGACGGUGGUCAUACAGACAUCUACAUCUAGUGAUCCUCAGACCAGCUCUGUUAAUAAUGUAGAGACAACACAUGUUACAACUUCUAAGGCAGAAGUCACAAAUACACCAUCUUCCAAGUCCAAAGAAGAACCAGUAGCAACCCCAGAACCCACCCCAGAAUCUAAUCCUGGGACCAAGAACCCAUAUGCGACAAUGGAACCCCCUCAAGGUAUAGCAGAGCCUGGUCCUGACUGGAAGUUGGCCAAGAAGAAGUGGAAGUUUGCCUGGCCAGCACAUCUCUACCUGUUUGGCAGUGUUUUCACACUAAUAGCAGUUUUUGUCAUUGCCAGCAUGAUUCAGUUGUGGCAGAUAAACCGCUUGUUGAGUCGGCGAUACUUCUUCACAUUAAACUUGUUGAUAUUUUACUUCUGUGCCAUGAGAGCAUUCUACUUGUUCUUUGAUGGAUACAAUUCAAAUGGUGCAUUCCCAGACGUGCUGCAAUAUUUCCUAUACAGCUCAGUUUUCCCGUGUUUGACAUCUGCCUUCAGUAUUCUAUUGUUUUCACUGCUGACAGCAACACAGAUGCAGCUUGUUCCUCCAAGAAUUCAAAAACUGAAAUAUUUAAUUGUGAUAAUUUUAUUUCAUUUUGUUGUUCAGAUUUCAUCAGAUAUUAUUAUGGGGCUGUCAUCGGGAGCUAGGAUGAUGCUGUUUAUGUGUCAGCUCCUCUACAUUCUCUGGGGCCUGUUUCUCUUCUGUGGAUAUACCUAUGUUUUUAGAAGACUGUACUACUCUGCAGUGAAAAGACAGAAGACAUUUCAGUAUAUGACAGCAGGUAAAAGUUAUCUAGAUGAGUCUAAUUCUGAACGUAAAAAGUUCACUCUGAGUUUGGCUGUGAAGGUGACGUUGCUUGCGGCCGUGUUUGGGUUAGUUACGGUCAUACUGGAGGUGUAUUCUAUAGUCAGUGUGUAUGGAGUAAUGUCUGACAAGCAGCCGGAAGCAUGGGCUUGGUGGAUUUACCACACAGCACUCCGACUCACCGAAUGUCUUAUGUGUCUGACGAUGAGCUACAUUGCCUCGCAGCCUUUCCGGUACAAUCAGAAGUACACGCACUGUUUUUGUUACAUGUUGUGUGCUCCAUGUUUAGAAAUGUCUUCGUGUAAUCAUACUGGCAUUAAUGAUUCACUGGGAUGGGACAAUGAUCAGGUUGAUCUUCACAUGUCUGCCAGCCGGACAAACGGACAGAUGAAUGGAAAGAAAAAGGUACAUAUGAGUGACACAGCUAGCAUUGUUCCUGUUGUUGUUCAACCUAGCAGUGGAGAACUGUCGAGACCAACAUCGUUACUUAUCAUAGAGGAUGGGUACGUUCGUUUUCAGACUGAUAAUGACAUCAAUAAGAUAGUGGACAGCUACACCGGGGGACCGAGACAGGAGAUGCUGACGUUCAAAUCAGGAGAUGGAAUUAUUAAUGGUGCUUACUUGAUGAUGGAGGAUCCUUUCAGCUUUGACAGGGCAUCCUCCCACGGUUACACAAGGAAGAGUAGUUUAGCCAGCAGUGUAAUGUUCCGCCCUCCAUCUUCUCUCAGUCUCGCCGACAGUAUGGACAUGGAGAUAGACAAAGCAUUUCGCAGUCUGCGUGACACCAAAGGUUCUGACAUUGUUACCGACAGUGCAUCUUCGUGUGGGACUCUGACAAGACCUUCGUUUCGAAUCAGCGACAGUGUCGAGAGAUCCACCAUAGAAGCUUACCUCGAGGACCAGGCAUCUCACCCGCUGCCCAUGCUCAGAAGGUCAAGGUCAGCUCUCGGUGAUAUCAGUGAUGAGAAGAGGGAAUCUUGGCGACAGAAGCUGUUCAGGAGCCGGAGUGAUAACUCAAACUACAUAAAAACAAAAGACCUGGACAAUCUGAAGUACUUCUCACUGCUGGAUUUUGAGCGCCAGCAUGAGAUGGAUGAACACUUGAAGGUUGGCAAGUCGGUCAGUGGUCAGUAUUCGUCUGAUGAUACAUUCAAUGGAAAUGAUAAACCAGCAGCUGAUCACAGCCUUGACAGUGGGGCAGCAAGGCGCUUACUGACCAGCAGCUCGGAUUCAGAUGAAAUCGAAGUCUGACUUGAUACUGCAGAUAAUAUUAAGAUGAUGUUUCUGGUUAUUAGAUUAAGAUGAAAUCAAAGUCUGACUUGAUACUGCAGGUAAUAAUAUUAAGAUGAUGUUUCUAGGUACGAUUCAGAUGAAAUUGAAGUCCGACUUGAUACUGCAGAUAAUAUUAAGAUGAUGUUUCUGGUUAUCAGAUUCAAAUGAAAUCAGUCUGACUUGAUACUGCAGAUAAUAUUAAGAUGAUGUUUCUGUUUAUUAGAUUCAGAUGAAAUUGAAGACUUAAUGCUGCAGAUGAUAAUAAGAGUUCAUUUCCAAAAGGUGAUAUAAAGCAAUUUCCAGAUUUUUGAGUUAAGCAAUGAAGGUCAUCAAAAGGACAAUAAAGUUUACAUUAAAACGUGAUCUAUGCCCAUGUUUCAUAUAAUAUAUACCGGUGCUACAUCAUGUUGCAACAAAAUCAUGUUUUUUCUCAAAAUGACGUAAAUGGACAUAUAGCAUUUUGGAAAUUAACUUUUUAUAUUAAAGGGACAUGCCCUAGUUUUUAAACACUAAGGCAUAUUUUUGACUAUUAGAGCCGUGUUUGAUAACUGAAAUCAGACAUAUUUAGAUUUUAUCGUUUAGAUUAUCCAUUUCUGUACAGUAACAGUUAUGGAGUCAAGCUUUAUCUAUUUCUAGAAGGUAAGUCACCAUUUCAAAGUCACAGACUCAUCUUUCACUCAAUUGUAACUUUAUCCAAAUUUGUUACAGGUUUGUAGAUUAACUAAAGUUGGUGUUAAUGUUCAUGAGUUGAAACUAGGUCUGUCCCUUUAAGAUGAUGUUUCAAGUUAUGAUUCAGAUGAAAUUGAAGUUUCUCAAUGUAAACUGUGCAUUUAAUGCAUUUCAGGUAUUUUGGCAGCACAUUUUAAAUAUGAGUAAAAUUUCAUAUUCAUUGUGUUACUUGGGCCAGCCUUGUGGUUCUUGGUGUCCUGGCCACAUAUUUUUAAAGCUAGUUUAGUACUACGAUAUUGUAAAACCAUAUCCUAGACCUCGGUUGUUUUAUAAUAUCUUAGCACUAAUAUAGUUUUGAAAAUAUGGCCCUUGUCAUUAGAAGUGUUGUGUGACUUUAAUGAAAAGAGGUAACCUUUUAGAGGUUUUUGCUGUUCUGCAUUAGCAUCAACCAAUAUAAUAUUUGUAACCUCGGGGCAUUUGCUUCUCCUGCUUUUAUUGGAUAUUUUUAUUUUUAACUAUUUCUGCACAAGUGUUUAUAGUAAAUAAUCAAACAUCAAUAAUCAAAUAGUAUAUAUUAGGAGAAUUCUACAAGGUGGAUUCUUCAAAAUAGUUCACAAUCACAAACAAAUUACAUACUUCAUAGAAAAGUCAUGUUAAUGUGGAGACUUGUGGUUUUUUGUACGGUACUUUUCACCAAUAAUUUUUUUUUUUAACAACACCACUAGAGCACAUUGAUUAAUAAUCAUCGGCUAUUGGAUAUCAAACAUUUGAUAAUUUUAAUAUACAGUCUUAGAGAGGAAACCUGCUACAUUUUU